AUGCAAAACAUUGGUAUUGUAAAUAAUAUUCUCGUUGAAUUAGAAAAUAAAAUAGUUAAAAGAAAUGGUCCCAUUGAAGAAUGGAAGAAAAAGUUUUUAGACGAAGUAUCUAAAAAAAUAGGUAAUUCAUUAAAAAAAGAAGAUGCAAAGGAAUGCAAAAAAAAUUGUAGAAAUUUUAAUUACUGGAUGGAUGAUAAAGAAGAAGAUUUUGUAUCAAAAAAAUUUAUUGUGAAUGAAUAUAUUACUUCUAGUGUUUGGCAAAAUGAAUUUGAAAAGGCAAUUAUAAGUACAUUAAAAAAGGAAGCUGAAUCUUGCACAAGAAAUCGUAAGAAAUAUCCCAAAAAAAUAAGAAAUAUAAUGGGUGAGUUAGAAGAUUACAUAGAUGAUAUUAAUGAUUAUAAGGUAAAAUUAAAAAAUAAAAAGUGUACAUCUGAUGAAUAUAAAAAAUAUACUACAUGGCUAAAGGAUAAGGAAAAUUAUUUUACUGGGCAUAAAGAAUGGAAUUUACUUCAAAGUGGUAGGUAUGGAUGGUAUAUAGUUAAAAAUUUAAAACGUUCAUUAGAUGAUAUGUUUAAAAAUAAAAUUGCAUGUAUAGAGGAUAUCCCAGAAGUUCAAGAAGAGGUUGUACAUCCAGUUUCAAGACGUAACAUACAUGGUGUGGGUUUGAAUUCCUCUAAUGGAGGAGCAGCUGCAUAUGAAUAUUCAGAAAGGUCCUUUCCUUCGUAUAUCCAUGAGGAUAAAUCAUCAUAUACACAAUUAUCAUCUAAUCCUGUUGAAUGGUCCAGUAAUAAUCAUGUAUCUGUCUCUGAAAGUAAUGUAGAUCCUACAAAAUAUGAGGCAUCAAAAGGUCGAAUAAACCGUUUUCCCAUUAGUUUAUAUUAUAAAGACCUUACAGCUAAUACACCUAGUUUCCCUCCCAAAGAUUUUCCUUAUAUUGUUGCUUGGAUUUUAGGUGCAAUAAUUGCAGGGGCAUUAUUUGUAUUUGGAAGAACUCAAAAAAAACAAAAGGCCAUUACAUUAAGAACCGAUGAAGUCGUAAAAGAGAAGAUAAAGGUAGUAAACGAUACAAAAGAAAAGAAGAUACCUGUAAGAAUAGAGAAUGAACAUAUGAAGAAGAAUUUUUUUUGGAAAUGGAUAACAAUAAUUGAGAUACAUUUUUUAAUAAUAGAAGAUAUUAGAAAAGAUGAAUGGGAAAUGAAUAAGGAAGAUUUUUUAUCUAUAUGUAUAAAAGAAUUUAUGAAUGAAAAAAAUAGAAAAUGUUUAUAUAAUGAAGAUGAUGAUUUUAAUAGCACAGACGUAAUGAUAAAAGGACAAACUUUUUUAUGGAAUAAAUGGAUGGAGAGACAUAAAUAUAUUUUAGAUAAAUGGAAAGAAGAAGAAUCAUUUAAAUAUUUAAAAAAUGAUUGGAAGAGAGAAGAAGAGGAAUACAUGAAAAAAAUAUAUAAAGAGUUGUUGAUUAGUUUAAGAGGUGAUACAUAUAAUAUGUCACAAAGGCAAAAAAUUAUUUGGAAAAGAUGGAUUGCUAAACAUCCAUAUAGAAUAAGAGAAAAAAUAAUUGAUCAGUGGUUUCAUAAAUUAUUUGAAGAAAUAAAUAAAAAUAACAUAAUAAGUGAUGAAAUAAUAGAUGUAUUAUUAAAUGAUUAUAUAGAAAGUGAUAAAAAUUGUGAAUACAUUUACAAUAUGAGUGAAAAAAAAGAAAAAUUGAAAUUAAUUUUGUGGAUAAGAAUAUAUAUGUGUGUAUUGGAAGAAGAAGAAAAGUAUAAAUUGCAGCGUGAAAAAGAAAUGUUUAUUGAUACAUAUAUAGAUAAAUUAAAAGAUAAAAAAAAAUAUGGUGAAGAAGAAUAUGAUGAAAGGAACAAAGAAUUGAUAAAGAUAUUGAAUGAAAUGAAAAAAAUGGAAAUAUUAAAUACUGAUGAUGAAAUAAGAAAAAAAUGGAAACACCAAGAUUGGUUUAAACAAAUGAGAAAAGAAUGGAUAAGAGAAGAAAAUAGAUAUUUAAAUGAAAUCAAUGAGGAAAUUAUAAGAAAUUAUAAUAUGGAAUUAAAAAGAUAUAUGUUUGAAAAACAUUGGGAAGAUAUAAAAUUGAAAUGGAUAGAUAAUAUUGAUGGUGAUCAUAUCGAUGGUGAUCAUAUUGAUGGUGAUCAUAUUGAUGGUGAUCAUAUUUAUGGUGAUCAUAUUUUUGAUGAUAAUAUUCAUAAUGGUUGGUCUCCAAUCAUAAAAUGUUUUGAAAGAGAUGAUGAAGAGGGAAGAAAAUAUAUUCAAAAGAAGAGACAUUAUUUUACAAAUGAAUUAUAUGACAUAGAAUGUAUUCAAAAGAAUACUCUUCAAUCUGAUGAGGUGAAAGAAAAAUUUAACAUAAAAACUAUUAUAGAUAUACAUAUGGUUAUAAUUGAAGAUAUUGAAAAUGAUGAAUGGAAAAAGGAUAAAGGAGAUUUUUUACACAUUUGUUUUGAAGAAUUUAUAAAAAGAAAAGAAUCUAAGGAAGAAGGACAAAAUAAAAUAAUUAUAAAUAAUAAAGAAGAAAACAAUGUUUUAAAUAUUUCUGAUAAUAAUAUUAUAUAUAUUCUUCAAAAUACAUGGAGUGAAUGGUUUAAGAGACAUACAUAUAUUUUAGAUCAAUGGAAAAAAGAGGAAUGGUUUAAAGAUUUAAAAAAUGAUUGGAAGAGAGAAGAAUAUGAAUAUAUGAAAAAAAUAUACAAAGAUUUGUUGCUUAGUUUGAGAGGGGAUACAUAUAAUAUGUCACAAAGGCAAAAAAUUAUAUGGAGAAGAUGGAUUGCUAAACAUUUAUAUCAUAUUAAUGAUGAUACUGUAAAGAAAUGGUUCAAAGAAAUAUUAGAACAAUUAGAUAAAGGGAAUAUAAUAGAUUUGUCAUAUAUAGAAAAUGAAAUAAACAAAUUAAAUGAAGAAAAUGAAGAAAAUGAAAAAAAUCUUUUAAAUCAACAUCAAAUUAUUUAUAAUAAAAAAAAAAUCUUAACUACCAUUUUGUGGAUCCAAAUACACAUGAUGGUUUUAGAAGAGUCUAAAAAAGAUGCAUGUAAAAAAAGUAAAGAAAUAUUUUUAGAUACAUGUAUAGAUGAGCUAAAAAAGGAAGAAAAAGAAAAGAAAAAAAAACUUCAUUCUCAUGAAAAAACAAAAGAAAUCAUAAAAAUUGUGGAAGAUAUGAAAAAAUUGAAUAACCUAGAUAUAGAUGAACAUCGAUCUACAGAAUGGAAAAAAAAAAAGUGGUUUAAAGAAAUGAAAAAAGACUGGGUAUAUAUAAGAGAUAGAUAUUUAUUAGACUUAGAAGAAAGACAUAAAUAUGAUCAAUACGAAUGCGAAGAAUUAAUAGAUGUAUCUUCUUUGGAUGUUCAAAAAGAUAUAUCGAAAUGGAAUUGGGAGAAUAUACAAUUUAAGUGGAUAGAUUAUGAAAAUGAAAAAGAUUGGUUGAAAGGUGCUGAUGUGGAUGAAUAUAUAUAUGAAGAUAUAAAGGGAGCUAUGAAUGGUAAUGUGGAUGAAUAUACAUAUGAAGAUAUAAAGGGAUAUAUGAAUGGUAAUGUGGAUGAAUAUACAUAUGAAGAUAUAAAGGGAGAUAUAAAUUAUGAUGUGAAUGAAUAUACAUAUGAAGAUAUAAAGGGAGCUAUGAAUGGUAAUGUGGAUGAAUAUACAUAUGAAGAUAUAAAGGGAUAUAUAAAUGAUGAUGUGGAUGAAUAUAUAUAUGAAGAUAUAAAGGGAACUAUGAAUGAUGAUGUGAAUGAAUAUAUAUAUGAAGAUAUAAAGGGAUAUAUAAAUGAUGAUGCGGAUGAAUAUAUAAGAGAUAAUAUGGAAAAGAAUGCAAACACUAAUGUUCAUAAAGAUCAUAUUAAAAAAUACAAAGAGUGUGAUUAUUUCUUUAAAAUAGAGAAUCCAUUAAUAUGGCAAACCGUUAUAGAGAUACAAUUAAAAAUAAUGGAAGAAAGUAAAAAAGAAAAAUGGGAAAAAAAUAAAUAUGACUUUUUAGAUAUAUGCAUAGAAGAAUACAUAAAAAAUGAGAACAAAGAUAAUAGUAGAAACAUUUUAGAGGAUGAUAUUUUGAGUAUGAAUAAAAAUAUAAUGUGGGAUACGUUUAUAGAAACACAUAGAUAUAUAUUAGAAAAGUGGAAAAGAGAAGAAUGGUUUCAUAAUUUAAAAAAGGAAUGGGAAGACGAAAUAUUAAAUUAUUUGAAUUCAUCAGAAAAUAGAAAUGAUGAAAGUAAUAAAAAUUGUAAUGAAUCAAACACAAAUUUUAUGAUUGAAAAAGAAAAAAUUGUGUUCAGAAAAUGGAUCAAUAAACAUACAGAAGAAUUAAAAGAUUGUUAUGAAGAUGAAAAGAAUCCAUUUUUAGAAGAAGAAGAAGUAAAAAAAAAAAAAAAAUUAAUAUUAACUGCAUGGAUACAAAUACAUAUGAUGAUAUUAGAAAGAUUUAAAGAAGAUGAAUUUUUAACAACUAAAGAAUUAUUUAUUGACGCAUAUAUUGAAGAAUUUAAAAAAGACAAACAUCCAAAUAAAUAUAAUAACAAGAUAAUUAAUAUGUUAGAGAUUAUCAAAAAGAAUAUCCAUCAUACAAAUUUAAAUAAUGAGAUGAAUGAAUGGAAAAAUGAAACAUGGUUUAAACAAUGGAAAGAUGAUUGGAUAAAAGAAGAAAAUGGAAAUGUAUUUUGGCUAGCUCAAAAGAGAAAAGAGAGGUGUACAGGAAAAAAAUAUGAAGAAGGCGAAAAAAAAUAUGAACAAAAAGAUAAAUACCUGAACGAAUAUAAUAUUGGAAAAUGUUAUAUAAAUAUACACAAAAACUUAUUGAAGAAAUAUUUGAAAUAUAUGAAUUUUAAAUGGAUUGAUGAUGAUAAUGAAAUAGAUUGGUUAAGGAUUGUUGGAAAUGAUCAAAAGGAAAAACAAAACAAAAAAAAAAAAUAUAGAUAA